AUGGUCAACCCUACAGAGGAGAAAGGCUCAAAAGCCCGCAUCCCAAUCACCAUCUUGACAGGCUUCACGGGCUGCGGCAAAACAACUCUGAUCCUCAACCUGAUACCGCAACUACGAAAGCAGAACUCAGGCUACAAGCUCGCACUCAUCAAGAACGAAAUCGGAGAUGUCGCAGUGGACUCUCAACUCGCGCAAUCGGCCGAAAUGGCUGCAACGCAAGAACUCCUGGGCGAAUGCAUUUGCUGCGUAAAUGUUGGCCAGAUAGGGUCCGCACUGGAAGAACUGGACUCCAAGAAUAAUCCCGAUAGAAUCAUCAUCGAAACUUCAGGAUCUGCUGAGCCGCUGAAGCUGGUCUUGGAGAUCAAACGCUUGUCCGAUGUGACAGGCAGGUACGAACUUGAUGGCAUUAUCUCUGUCAUUGAUGCCGAGAACUGGGGCGGGUACGCUUCGAAGUCAUUCACUGCGAAGCUCCAGGCGAAACAGACUGAUCUCAUCGUGAUUAACAAAUGGGAGGGCUUGUCAGAGCGAGAUUACGACCUCUUCUUGGACAAGCUUGGUGAUCUCGAUGUUGAUACGCCUCAAGUCAAGAGUGACAAAGGAUGGGUGGAGAAGGAUCUUCUAUUUGGCUUUGACCAGAAGCUGGCUCGGAAUUGGCUGGACGCAGGGGAGCAUCAUGACCACGACCACGAUCACGAGGACGGGGAAAAGCACACCAGUGAAGUCGAAUGCCUGAGCGUCACCUUGAAAUCACCCGCCGCUGAUGCAGUAGUCGAUCUGCAGAAGCUGGAGGCAUUGCUCAAGGCGGCACCGAAAGACGAGGUUUAUCGCAUCAAAGGCGUGGUGUACAGCAGCUCAUCACCCAAGAACGGAGAUGGCAGAGAAAUCAACCCUGGAGCCAAUGGCAGAUCACGAUACAUCUUGAACUGGUCAUUCGGACGCUGGACUUGGUAUCACGUGGAAGAUGACACAUCUGAAUCGCCAAUCGCGCGCAUCAGCAUUUUCACAGCACCUUACGAGAGCACGAAGUGGAGCAAGAAAGCGCACGAGUUUGUGAAAGUCGCAGAAGGCGCUCAAGAAGAGCUCGAGGUGAAGAGAGUGCAAUGAAAGUCUUCUUCCGCUUUGGCGAACGCGAAAUCAGGCCAAUCCAUCGCCAGGCUUAUGCUUAUGCACCGUCUCUUCCCCUCCGAGCCGCACAACGCCCACUUGCGGACCUGUCUGCUGCCCAUACGGCGUGCCGAACUCUGGAUGUGUCAACAGUCCUUCCGCAAAAGGCUCGAACGAUCGAGAUCGCCACCAGCUGUUCA